UUGCCCGACAACUUCACAAAUACGCUUCCUCGGAAAACCGGUGUCUCUCCUCAUCUCCGUCCACUCUCAAUCACACCGUGAUGAAUUGAAAGAGGACACGAGAUGCGCAAUAUUUACGAGUAGCCGGACAAUAACCCACCGCAUUAGCUGUCCGCAAUAUAUUUUUAAAUUCGUGCGGAGACCCUCGGGCAGCUCCAUAAUGUCCCAGGACGACGAUGUUGGCUUCUUGUACAAAACCAUGAUUGAACGCGAUCCGAAGAAGCGUCGAGUGAAACCCGUGGAAUCGGCCCAGCAGUCACUCCUAGAUUUUGACCUAGAGGAGAGCUCAGACGACAGUGACUUCAGGAUUGAAGAUCAUUGCGAAGAGUCUGAUGACGAUUCCGUUGAUUCAAAUGAUCCCGCAAAGGACGAUGAAGAAGUGGACUCCGACGCAUCCUCGGACUCCCUGGAGGACCCCCUGAUCUCAACAAAGCCACCAUCAGCUGUAACCGUUGGAGACGUGAUUGACCAGGCACGCCACCAGUCCGAGAAGGCCCUCCAGCUGGACGAGAAGCUCGCGAAGAUGCUGAUCUGCUGCGGGUGCUUGGGGGACCGAAGCGACGACAUUAACGAGAUCGUGGAGUGCGACGGUUGCGGGGUCACGGUCCACGAGGGUUGCUACGGUGUUUCCGACGUGGAGAGCUUCUCCAGCACGGACUCCCUCCGGCAGUCCGCCCCCUGGUUCUGCGAGGCCUGCUCUGCUGGGGUGGAGGACCCCUCCUGCGAGCUCUGUCCGAACAAAGGAGGUAUCUUCAAGGAGACAGACGUGGGUAAGUGGGUGCACCUGGUGUGCGCCCUGUACGUUCCAGGAGUUGCCUUCGGGGAGGUGGAUCGCCUCUCCAGCGUCACCCUCUUCGAGAUGGCGUACACCAAGUGGGGCUCGAAGACGUGUUCCUUAUGCGAGGACUUGCGUUACGCCAGGACUGGUGUCUGCAUCGAGUGUGACGCUGGCAUGUGCCACACGUACUUCCACGUGACGUGUGCCCAACGUGAGGGACUACUCUCUGAGGCUCACAGCGAGGAGGUUGACCAGGCCGAUCCCUUCUACGCCCACUGCAAGCUCCACUCCGACAAGACACUCGUUCGGAGGAGGAGAAGGAAUUGGCUGGCCCUGAGGAUUCGCUCUGAGUACAGGCAGCAGUUGCUCAAGCAGGCCGAUCAUCUCGACACUGAGGAGCAGAGGAGGAUCCAGAGGAAACUCGCCAAACAUCGCCACAGGUAUCUCGCCAAUAAAGCUGGAAGGCCCUCGCCCUGGGUUCCCACCCAGAAGAUGCCCAGGCUGCUGACCACUUCGGCCUCUGCUUAUCGACAACUCGCCAAGAAGGCGGAACUCAUGGGGAUUGACACGGCUGCUCUCGAGGCGCAGGAGGCACAACUGGUCGCUCUGGUGGAUGUCAGGAAGAAGUGGCACAUUCCACCUGCCUUCAGUGUUGAAUUUAUUGGGUAUUACCUUGAUCGGAAUCUACGUGUCACCACGAUGAAGAGAAAGCUCCAGGAGUUGCUGGACAUAAAUUCACAACUCCUUAAUGAACAGCAGAGGCUCGACAGGAAAUACGACGAGGUGAUGAAGGAUAAUGAGGAGCAGAUCAGGGUCAAUGUGACUCUCAAGGAGAAGAUCGAGUUGUAUCACCAGGUGAUGAGGGCCAGUGGCUACGUCAAGCCUCUACCACUCAUCGGGGAUAUCGUUAAACCGAGGAUCCCACCAACUCUAGGGGCUGGACUUGGAGUUCCAACGGCAGCAGCCCUGAAAAUGGGGGUGGGUUUUCCCCUACCAGUGACAAAGGGGUCUGAAGGCGCUCGGGAGGGUCGAGUCCUCAGUAGUCAGGCGCAGGAGCAACACGUGCAGAAGCCUGAGUUGACUUUACGUCAUCAGUGUGGCAUCUGCAGGAGAUCUACUAAUCAGCAUCUACUGGCCAAAUGUGACACGUGCCAUCUCCAUUAUCAUCUGUCCUGCCUCAGUCCACCAUUAUCACGGAUGCCUAAGAAGACUAAACUCAUGGGAUGGCAAUGCUCAGAAUGUGACAAAGAAUCAUCGGGUUCUGACGUCGAACGAGUGGACACAUCAGCCCCCCGUAAACUUCGGCAUUGCAAGGACGAGGUGAAUGUCGUGUCAACUCCACCGCGAGAGGUGCAGCUGUCAGCAAAUCCCUCCACCCCAACGACCUCCAGAUCUCACAACGCGAGUGUAAACUUCAUCUCUGUGGACAUGCCAACGCCAAAAUUGACAAUCAAACCGAUGAUCCCACAGCCACCAGUGCCCGAGCCAAUGCAAAUUGACGAAUCGCCUUAUGUUCCACAACAGAUACCUGAGAGUGUGAGGAUAGCUCCUAGGGAGGGCUCCCCUCAGUACAUGGUGGCGUGUGCUGAUGGCACUGAAUCCGGCUAUCAGAGGAGUGGCAAGAAGAGGAGACGGGAGAAGCACAAACGUUACACACCCGAUCCUAUCACUGGGGUCAAACAACGGAAGAGGAAACAUAAGAGGAAGAGUGUUGAUGUCGAGAAUCCGGAUAAUCAGGGGCAGCCGGAGGUCCAUCGCAGGAUUACGAUUAAGAUAAAGCCCAUUCCACGUCCAGACGGUGAGAAAGUCUCGGAUUCGAGUCCCCAAAUGUUCAUUGCCACCUCGACAAGCACCGAAAUUGAUACCCCACCGCCCACGCAUGUGUUCCCAACCCCAGCACCACCACCACCACCCCCACCCCCGCCGACUCCCCCACCUCAACCAUCAUCAGCAGUGAUACAACCCAUACAGCAAGCUAGUCCCAUCGUCAUCACUGCACAUGGCUCGAGGGGAUCGACUGGCAAGAAGAGCAAAGACAUGGAGCUCACCCAGUGCAAUGUCUGCAACCUCCCUGGCAGCUCCCAGAAUCUCGUCAUGUGCGACGAAUGCAAAAAGUGUUAUCACUUCACCUGCCUCGAUCCCCCCGUGAAAAAAUCCCCGAAGCGACGCGGAUACUCCUGGCACUGCGCGGACUGUGAUCCUAGUGCCUCUGAAACUGAGAAUUAAUUCCCAUCAAUUUUAUCUCCCAGCGACGAGCGUACGGAAGUUCACGGAAUUACAUUUUUUUCAAUAUGGAAAAUUAAUACUAAGAAUGAACAUAGUGGUAAUAAUAAUCGUAUAAUAAUAAUUCAAUAUAAUAUAGUUAUUUGAAAUAGAUGUGUUUGAACAUCUCAUGUCAAUCGAAUUAUUGUUUUAUAUUCAAUAUUGAAUUUUGGAAUUUGUGAACAAAAGGAUAAUGAAUGUAUCAAAA